GAAAAGAAAGUAGUAAUUUUUUUCGAACGAUUAGAUUAUUAAUACUUAUGAAAAUAUAAAUGGUUUAUUUAUUAUUAAUUGAAAAUAUUUAGUACAAGCAUUACGACCAAAUAAAAAUGAAAGUACAAUACAAAUUUUAUCGAAACGAGAUUGUUUUAUUGAUCAAAGAUAUUUAAUUUUACAUUAGUAAGAAUAUUUUUUUAGUUAUUUAUAGAAUGUUUUGUUUCAGUUAAAAGCUUCAGAAAUUCAAGUAAAAUGUCCAUAUUUACAUGAAUUAUUUUAUGAUAAUGAAUAUGAAAGUACAUUAUGGAUGUGUUUUGAUACAAAUAAACAAUAUUUAGGUGCAGGCGAUGUUUUAAACGACUAUUCAUUAAAAUUACAAAAGGAACGUUUGAUAAAAGAUAAUGGCGGAACUGGUUUAUUUUUACAUAUUGAACAUAAAGUCGAAAAAUUACCAACACCAAAGUUUUAUCAUUCAUUAAGUGCUUUACAUACACAAAAGAAAAAAAAACUAGCAUCAUCUAUUAAAUUACAAUGGGGCAACAAAUUUCCAAAAGAAAUAAAUACAAUCUAUCAAUAUUUUACUGAACUUUGUUCAACAUCAUCACAUAGCGUUACUGAUACUAAUAAAAAACAAGUAAAUUCACCUGUAAUAACAACUGAAGAAGGUACAACAAUUAAUUCAUCAAAAGAAGAUCAACAAUAUCAAGAAGUAUUAAAAAUUUCUUGGUUACCAAAAUAA